AGCUGUAAAGCUGCACAGAAUCGAGGCAUGCAUCUCAGCUCCAAAAACUACAAAGUAAAAAGGUUUAAACUUUACGCGCAGAGUCUCAAAUACGCACAGGAACAUUUGCGUAAAAGUAGUAAAAUGCACGCAUGCACAUUUUUUUUUUGAAAAAGAAGUCAACAAAUUGUUUAAGACAAUUACAAAAAGAAGAGUCUGUUAACUUAGCUGUCGUCGUUUUCGUUCUGCUGCUUUCAACAGGGUUUGUAUUUGCAAAAGUUAAAGCUUUGGAUUGUUGUUGUUGUUUUGUUUUUUUUACGCAGCCAAGUUAAUGCGCAUCAGAUCUUUCAAUCACGCAGGCCAAUUUUCUCUUCCCCUCUUCCUCCUCCCUCCGCCACCGUUAAAUGGUCUAUGACGGGCGAACACAGAAAUCAGCGGAAAGCAGCAUUGCUGAUGUCCCAUUGUUGACAAAUCCAUGAAACAACUCCAGUUUGCAUGGUUUAACAGAGAGAGAGAGGAGAGGAGGGAGGAGAAGAGAGGAGAGGAGAGGGGGCGUCUGUCGUCACCGCACCACGUGUCCUCCACUGAUAGUAUAUCUUAUAGCUACUGGGAAAAGUAAUCUAUCAGACAGCCCUUUUAAAAGCUCCGGCCUUUAAAAGCAGCAUGUGUCAUCUCGACUUGGUUCUCCAAAUAUCACUCCUGUAGGAAAUAUACGCGCCGGAGAAGGGACGUCGGAGAGCAAGAGGCGCAACAUCUCCCAGCAACUUCGAGGCACGACGCGCGGCUUUCCACGGGCCUGCUCACUUCUACCGAGUGGAGAAAUAUUUGCAGAAGUUGAAGUUGCUCUUUGGCUUGACUGUCUGGCGGCCGAUUCCACCGCAUUUAGACUUUGGGAGACAUCCGAUCUCUUGACAGGAGCGAGACAGAAGUCCAACAGAGCCGCUCCGUGUGCGCACUGACCGCGCUGGUCUCACCUAAACCCAUCACACCCGGCUGCUCCAUUCCUUUGGCUCCGGAAGACUUUUAUUUGAAACAGUGUAAGUAAGCCGUGAGAUGACCCUGUCUGGAGGCAGCGAAAGAGCCAGCGACAUGUCCGGCCAAACUGUGCUCACAGCGGAGGACGUGGAUAUCGACGUGGUUGGCGAGGGAGACGAUGAGGGCAUGGAGAGGGUGGACAGCGACUGCGACAGCCCGGGGGGAGGCAUCCUGCACGACCUUCGAGGUGAGCCGGGAGACGAGGAGGUGGAGGAUGAGAUCGAGGUGGAGAAGGAGGAGAUGGGGUCCGGUGGAGGGAGUCCGUGCUGCGAGAGCUCCGGGGAGGGAGAGACCGGCACCGGCAAGGGAGAGGGUCACGACGGGAGCGCAGCGUCGGGAGGUGCGAUCCAGAAGCCCAAAAGCAGCCUGGUAAAACCGCCUUACUCCUACAUCGCCCUCAUCACCAUGUCCAUCCUCCAGAGCCCGCAGAAAAAACUCACACUCAGCGGGAUCUGCGAGUUCAUCAGCAGCCGCUUCCCAUAUUACCGGGAGAAGUUCCCGGCGUGGCAAAACUCCAUCCGCCACAACUUGUCCCUCAACGACUGCUUUGUGAAAAUCCCACGGGAGCCCGGCAACCCCGGCAAGGGCAACUACUGGACCCUGGACCCCGCGUCAGAGGACAUGUUCGACAACGGCAGCUUCCUCAGGAGGAGGAAAAGGUUCAAGAGGGUUCAGCCGGACAUGCUCAGGGACCAGACCGCGCUCAUGAUGCAAAGUUUCGGCGCGUACAGCCUCGGGGGCCCCUACGGGAGGCACUACGGGAUCCACCCGGCCGCGUAUACCCAUCCGGCGGCUUUGCAGUACCCAUACAUCCCCCCUGUAGGUCCCAUGCUGCCCCCGGGCGUCCCCCUCCUGCCCUCGGUGGAGCUGAACAGAAAGGCGUUCAACUCCCAGCUCAGCCCGAGCCUUCAACUGCAGCUCAACAGCCUGAGCACGGCGUCCAUGAUCAAAUCAGAGCCGUCCAACAGGCCGUCCUUCAGUAUAGAGAACAUCAUCGGGGUCUCCAGCACCUCCUCGUCCUCGCCGGGCGCCGCUCAGGCUUUCCUGCGGCCUCCGGUGACCGUGCAGUCGGCCCUGCUGAGCGCGCAGUCCCUCUCCCUCACCCGGACCUCCGCCGCCAUCGCCCCCAUCCUCAGUGUACCGUCAAAUAUCCUCUCUGGACACGUUUUACCCUCAGCGACGACGGUGUCCAAAUGGCCGUCACAAUGACUUUAACAGAAGACACAAACUCUUAUUUUUAUAUAGAGACACUAUGGGGAAGAGCACAUAUCUAUAGGCAGCACUGGACUCUGUAGCCAAGUAAAGACUGUUGUUGAAACAGAGAAAAAAGAGAAGAAGAGAUAUUUCUGUACAGGUAAUAUUUGUAAAUAUUUGUAGAAAAAAAGAUUUUACCUGUUUGACUUUUAUCUGUCAUUUCUGUUUUCUUCUGUCCUCGUUUGAAAUCUGUAUAAUUAUUUUUCUUGAUUUUCUUUUUUGUAUCGGAGGCUCCAGUGGACCCAGUUCUGGCUUCCUUUUCAUACAAGAGACAAAACCGCUCUGAGGAAAUAGAUUGUUUAUAAUAAUGAUUAAAAAAAGAAUCAACCAUAUGUAAUUCUAUGUAGCUAUAUUGUGUUGUCAACUGAAUUUAUUUGUAAAUAAAUCCCAGAAAGAA